UAUGUCUUAUCAUAUUUAUCUAUUAUAUUAUAUUUAUUUUCUUAUAUCAUACAGUAGUUUAUAUUUAUUCAUCUUAUACAUGGGUGUCAAUUUCAACCUUGUAAAUUGUGAUUUAACUUUUAUUCUAAAAACAUGUUCUCUAUUUUAUAAUGUUUUGCUAAUUGGAUUUGUAUCUUCCUGAUUGUUAAAUUUGUUCUUAAAGAUAUUAUUAAACAAAUGAUGUUUAUAAU